UGUCCUUAGCAUUUGUACAUAAUGCUCCUACCCGGCCGGCAUGGUCAAUCAUUUUCAGUGUGGUUGUGUAAAUAAAUAGCUACAAAUCAAUAGGGCAGUGGGUAUCAAACAACACGUUUAUUUGUCUUUUUCUGUGGGCUUUGUGGUGAUUGUGAGUAACCGGCCUGGGCUGAUUAGUUGAAUGAAUCAUCCAUCCCACAAAGCAGUCAAGCAACAUGUGCUCUUUGGUGCAAAUAUGGCCUUCUGUGACAUUUGUACUUCUGCUGGGCUUUCAUCAUGCCUCAUGUUUCUGGAUCCUCAAUGUUGUGUUUCCUCCUGAGACGAAAGUUCAAGCCCCAGGCAACAGCACACCACCACUGAUUAUAGUACCAGGAAACUUGGGAAACCGUCUGGAAGCUAAGAUAGACAAGCCACAUCUUGUCCAUUGGAUGUGCUACAGGAAAACCGAUCACUGGUUCCCCUUGUGGAUUGAUCUCAACAUGUUCAUGCCCAUCGGUGUAGACUGCUGGAUUGAUAACAUUAGGCUUGUGUACAACAGGACAACGAGGCAAUCAUUCAACUCGCCGGGGGUGCAGGUGCGGGUGCCAGGGUUUGGACAAACCUAUCCCAUUGAGUUUCUUGACAAUAACAAGUUAGCAGGUUAUUUUCACUCUAUGGUGCAGCAUUUAGUCAACAUUGGCUACAAGCGAAACGAAACUAUACGAGGGGCACCGUAUGACUGGAGAUUAACUCCGAAUCAGAAUGCAGAGUACUUAAUGAAGUUGAAGGAACUGGUGGAGGAGAUGUAUAAUCAGUACCUGCAGCCUGUUUACUUGUUGGGACACAGCAUGGGCUGCCACUAUGUCCUCUACUUCCUCAACAGCCAGCCUCAGGCUUGGAAGGACAAGUAUAUCAGGGGCUUCAUUUCCCUGGCAGCUCCAUGGGGGGGCGCUAUUAAAGUACUCAGAGUGAUGGCUUCAGGUGAAAAUGACGGCAUCCCAAUGAUUUCCAACAUCAAGAUUCGGGAGGAGCAAAGGAUGGCGGCGACAAAUCCAUGGAUGCUGCCAACAGAGAAAACAUGGCCAAAGGACCACGUUUUCCUUUCCACACCAACUUUUAACUACACCUACCAAGACUACCGGCGCUACUUCACAGAUAUCGACUUUGAAGAUGGCUGGUACAUGUGGGAAGACUCCAAGAACCUGACGAGUGAGCUCCACCCUCCUGGUGUAGAAGUGUGGUGCAUGUACGGCGUUGGAAUCCCCACUGCAGUGACGCAAAUUUACGACGAGCAGUAUCCCAACGCAGACCCCAUAGACUUUGUUUACGAUGACGGGGACGACACGGUGGAUAGCCGCAGCAUGAGUCUUUGCAGACGAUGGGUGGGACAGCAGAAUAAGCCCGUCCACGUCACUGAGUACAGAGGAUUGCCACAUCUGGAUAUUGUAUUCAACGAAAAGGUGCUCAUUCAAAUCCAGAAAAUCUUAGAGGGUAUAUCAGAAACACCCAAAGAGGUUGACAUCAGAUCUGGACAGAAUAAAACGAGCGUUUAGGAGUUAAAAACAGUCUUGUUGCUAAAAUGCGAGCAGGGAUAACAAACUGUGUAAACCUGACGCCAAGCCUGUAAACGAGCAGAUUAUGUAGAGUUGUGGUCAGAUGUUUACAUACUCGGCAUUUCUAAUAAAUUCAAACUUGUGCACUCUAGUCGUCUUUUUAAAAAUCAUUGAACAUGUUUGUUGUAUUUCCACCCUGGAAAAGCAACGAUACAUAGAAAGGGCCUAAAAUUGAUGGCAUAGAUGCACAUGUGUGUAAGUAAACUUAAGACUGCAACUAUACUUUGAAAGUUUCAGUCAGGCUUUUUUGGGUUUUUUUUCCUUUUUCAGUGUAACAUAGAAUGUAUACAGAUUGUCUAUUGUAUGUGGCCUUUUAAUUAUGUGUUUUAGUUGUGUUUAAUAAUUCAAUGUUCUCAACAGCAUUAUUUGUAAAACAUGCUUACUGAAACUAAGAAAGCUAUACACUGUCAAGCACAAAUACAUCUAUGAUAAAC